AAUUAAAUUUGUUUGUUGUGGCUGAACAGGGGAUUGCAAACAGUCCUACGUUGGCGGGUGGAUAGUAGAGUAGACGAAACCCCACUCUCUUGGCUCGCUGCAGCUAUUCCUUCGCCAGUCUAUAACCCGGAGUCCAACUCAUCUCAUCCCAAGGGAUGGGCAAGACAGGAUACUCGAUCACGCUCAAGAGGGAACACUCGGGGCAGCCCUGGGGGCUCAGGAUCAGCGGGGGCUGUGACCUCGGAAAGCCCAUCGUCGUCACCAGGGCAGCCAUUGGAAGUCCCGCUGAUAAACAACUGAAGGCUGGAGACGAGAUAUUGCAGAUAGGAGAUUACGAUGCUAGGGAUAUUCGCCACCAAGAUGCUCAGAUGUUGUUCCGAGACGCUGGUAACACAAUUAAAAUAGUCGUGUACAGAGAAAGCCCAAUGAUCCCGAGUCGAGACAGUAGCGUUGAACCCUUAGCACUCCCUCGAGCGUUAGCAACUCUUCCAGAGCACCAAUACGAACCCAUCGGUCCUAUGAUCUUCAAUACUGCUCUCGUAGACACUUCGAGGUCUUCAUCAAGGGCCUCGACCCACAAACAAGAAGUGGAGGAAGAACAGCAUGCCUUAUUAGAACAACCCUACAGGACGACUCCACUCGUACUGCCAGGAGCCAAAGUGAAGAAAGACUUCGGGCCCACAGAGAGCUAUCUGCGACAUCAUCCAAACCCAAAGUUCAGACAGGCGCCUCCUCAUCCUCUUUUGCCCCAUGACAUUGCCAUGAAGCAGAAGGUUGCCGACACUGUGUUGCAGAAAGUAGUCGAAGAAGCUGGGCCCGGCAAACAGGUGAUAAGCAAACAGUUCAACUCUCCGAUCGGCCUCUAUUCCGAGCAGAACAUUGUUGAUUCUAUUAACCAACAAACAGGAGCAGGUGUACCGGGAACACCAUCUCCAGUUCUGAUGCGACCGAACCCAAGGCUUAGCUAUAAGAAGACGGUAGUUUACGACCCAGCAAAGUCUGAGACUUACAAAGCACUCCAGGACCAAGAACUUGGUGAUCACAUUCAAGAAGUUACGACACCAGUAACCCAUAAGGUCUUCUCACCUGUCAAGAAGACACCACCUGCCACGUCAGCUUCCCCAAGAUCUGCGCCGCACCCUGUACCAGGUCCACAGGGACAUAUGAACUCAAUCGGCCAUUCUGAGGAGAUUCAACAAAGCUACACUUUCAAACGGCUCAUGCAUAUGGUUCAAAGCGAAGGGGUUUAUUAGAUAUUAAUGAAAAAAAAAAAAAAAAGAAGGAAAUCCCCACAAAACUUAAUAUUACUGUUUUAUAUCAUUUUGAAUUUUUUUAAAUUCAAAUGAUAAUGUAAUUUAUUUACUAAAUUAUAAAUAAAAUGUAAUUUAAAUAUGUAAUUUAAUGUAAUCGUUUUAAGAUAUUUAUUUUUAUUUAUGAUUCUUUUACUAAGAAAUCAAAAAGAGUGUAUUGUCUAGUCAAGAAAAUUUUAUAAAAAUUCUCUUAAUGUUGUAAACUAUGUAUGGUUUAUAUUGUGUGGUUUUUAAAAUUGAAUACUGUAAAUUUACCUUUUUAUGAUCCCCUAGAGAGUGAUGCAUUGUUGUUCAGAAACAAAUUCUUAGUUUCCCCUUCGAAAAGUAACCAAUUUAUUCUGCAGCUUAUGAUUUAGUUUGAUUAAUUUAAAUUUAAUUGUAGCUAUAAUUUUAUUUUAAAACUCAUAGUGUUCAUUAAUAAAUGUAUAUAAUGAGAAUUUAAUUUUCUUUUGACUGUUUUAGGGAGUGUUUUUUUCUUUUACUUUUAUUUUAUCUUUCCGUUAAUGUGAGUUCAGAUUAAAAUAUACUUAUUUAUUU